UAAGGCGCCUUAUACAGACCUAUCAAGAGCAGUCGUUGGAAACAGGUCCUGGCAAAGACGAAAUGAGUGGGCGUAUUGGAACAGGGUUGUUCGUGCUUCUGGCUGUGACCUUCAGCGCAGGUGAAGUCCUCUGGUCCUUGACCCACUAUCCGUCAAGCGAUAUCCUAAAAGACUUCAAAGCUAUCAAGUCUUAUGGAGAAGAGAACAUGAAGUUGGUUGACGACCCAGCCGGAGGCAGUGAAAAGGUUCUGAGAGUUUUCUACCCUAAAGGUACACGUAACCCAGGGCAUCACCCACGUGGAGGCGCCCAGUUCUACGCCUACCCGAUUCACCAAAGAACGUCGAUGACUCUGACAUACGACGUUUAUUUCGCUGAGAAUUUCGAUUUUGUCAAAGGCGGGAAACUACCGGGCUUGAUGGGAGGAACAACGAGGACCUGUUCUGGAGGCCGUGACUCCGACCAUUGCUUUACGUCCCGGUUUAUGUUUAGACGAGAAGGAGACGGGGAGGUGUAUUUCUACGCGCCCCACGACCAGGAGAGCAACUUCUGUGACCGUGACAAUGUGAUCUGCAACUUUAACAAAGGUCACUCUCUCGGCAGAGGGACAUGGCGCUAUAAGAAAGGAAAGUGGCAGACCUUAAGCCAACAAGUUCAGCUCAACACCAUUGGUAAGAGAGACGGACACAUCAAGGUUUGGGUGGAUGGACAUCAAGUGUUCGAGUUCAGGAACCUUCUGUUCCGCCAUGAAAGUUCAGUCGAGGUCACAGGCAUGUUUUUCUCGACGUUUUUCGGAGGGUCCGAUGACAGUUGGUCCACUCCUCACGACACUUACACCUACUUCAGGAACUUCUACUUCUCGACGAAUGAUCACCCGCACAUCAUUGGCUAGCCGCAAACUUUAUGGCGUCACACCUCUUGUGACGUCACACACCCUGCGAUGUCCUGCUCUAGUUUAUUAGUCAAUGAAUAAAUCAGG